AUGUCGGGUAUGUUGAUCUGCAGGCACCGUUUCAACAUCUCCCAAGGACAACAACAGCUAAUCAAGGUCCGUGAACAGGUAGUGCAGGAUAUGACAGACAGAUUACGAUAUUCUCGGAUCAGGGAAGAUUAUAUCAAGUUGGUACGCAUGUAUCGCCCUCCCAAGGCCCCAAAUCUCGUCACCUUCAGCUGGGGCACGGUCUCGAAGCAAGGUUCAGAGCUGUCUGAGAACAUAUUGUUAAUGGACCAUGUGAGCACAGAGUAUGCAUUCAAGGCCAUCACAGCUGCGAAUAUCAUGUCAGUUGGUGUAAGAGGAAAGGACUGCGCUGUUGUGUUGUCGCAGAAGAAAGUACCUGACAAGCUCAUCGACCCUUCAUCUGUAUCCCACAUCUUCCAAUUGUCUCCAUCCGUUGGCUGCGUCAUGACUGGUGCGAUCGCCGAUGCGAGAGCCUUCGUACAGAGAGCUAUUGGUGAAGCCGCCGAAUUUCGAUACAAGUUUGGAUACGAGAUGCCUUGCGAUGCUCUAGCAAAGAGAAUUGCCAAUAUCAGCCAGGUCUACACUCAGCGAGCUUACAUGCGUCCAUAUGGCGUUGCAACCACAUUGAUUUCACUGGAUUCCGAGUUUGGACCCCAAUUAUACAAGUGUGACCCAGCAGGCUACUACACCGGAUACAAGGGUACUGCGUCAGGUCCCAAGCAACAGGAGGCGUUCAAUCAUCUUGAGAAGAAGCUCAAGAACAAGGAUUGUGCAGACGGCAGUUGGGAGGAAGUUGUUGAGCUAGGAAUCACCACGUUAAGCACGGUCCUCAGCGUGGAUUUCAAGAAGGGCGAAUUAGAGAUUGGUAUCGUGGGUGGGCCAAGGACGGAUGGGAAGGAAGGAACCGACCCGGGAUUUAGAGCUCUGACAGAGGAGGAGAUCGACGAAAGACUACAGGGGAUUGCGGAGAAGGACUAG